AUGAGCAAGUCAAGUUUAGCUCAGACCAAUUGGACUGGUACUUGGUAUGGUCCGAUGGAAGCAUAUCCAGAAGGUGAAAUAGGUUCUGGCUGGAACGUGACACUAGAGAUUGGACCUUAUCCGAUGACUGAUGAAAGUUGUACAACAUGGCGAAAUACAUUCACCGAGAAUGGUAUUGUGCAAGGAAUCAAGGACUAUCGUUUCUGUCGAGGAUAUGGUGCUGAAGAUCUGUAUACAGACGAAGGUGGUGGCGUGACGAUAGCUGCACAAUGGAUUAAUGAUGUGCUGGUAUCACCGUUCAAAUAUAAGGGUGUGUUUGCUGUACACAGGAUGCAAAUGCGUAACGAUGUCCUUGAAGAAGAAACUUUGAUUACUGAUGACAAUCAAGCUAGCCCAGACGUUGUUGUCUCAAUACGAGCACGUAGUAUUCAUCUUAUAAAAAUGAAAAAAGUAUCCGCUAAAGCCUGUGGUAGUGGUAGUAACAGUUGUAGUGGUUGUAGUUUUUGUAGUAGUUGUAGUUGUGGUCGUCGUCGUGGUAGUGCUGGUAGUACUAGUACUGGAUGUACUUGUAGUACUAGUGCUAGUUGUGCUGGUGGUUGUGGUUACGGUAGUAGUGGUGGCCUUUGCUAG